AUGCAUAUGGCGCCCGUGGCCCAUGGCGCUCUGAGCGCGCGCGGCGUGCUCUCCAGCCGCCGGAGGUUCCCGCCAUCUCCCGACGCCACCGCUGCCUCGACGGUGCGGUUCAGUACCCGUCGCGCCGGCGGGAGCAGAGCGAUCCUCUGCCUCGCGCCGGGAGGCGGCGGCGAGCGGGAGGACCCCGCGGGCUCGCCGUGGGACGGCCGGCUGGUCGACGAGGGCAUGGACACGCUGCGGCGGCGCAUUCGGCAGGUCAGGGCCGAGUCCGACCCCGGCGACUACGAGGACGAGGAUGAGGAUCACGGCGGCGUCGACGGCGAGGGCCUCCUCCCGGGCGAGUGGACGGAGCUGGAGCGGCGGCACCACGCGAGCUACGUCGCGGGCGUGCGCGAGGCGGGCGGCGUCCUGCUGGCGCUGCUGGUGCGCUCCAGGCCGGGGCUCGGCGCGGGGGUCCUGGCGCUGGUGCUGCUCGGCGUGCCGGCCGCGGUGCUCCUCGUGUCCGCGGAGCUCAUCACCCGGACCCUGGACUCCAUCUCGGCCGCCGUGCUCAACGGCAGAAUGUAGGAGUACAUGGUUGUGUGCACCUUCUUUCUUUUUCCCUUCGUGCACGCCUUGAUACCUAUUCUUUUCUUUUCUUACACAAGAGUAAACGAAUGCAUUUGGGAACCGAGUAUCGACUAGAAAUAACCAAAAUGUUACAGCCAAUAGCAAUGGCCUA